UCUGAAAGCCGUGUGUACGUCUGAAGGAAUCUUUGCGUGUUUAACGGCAGACUACUCCUUUAUUAAUUAUGCAGCAGUCCUCGCCCCCCCAGACGGGUCUCGUCAAGUAGCUGCGCGAGCUACUAUAACCCAAGCCGCUGUGGCUGCUGCACGGGGAGGCACCGUUUGGAAAUAGAGCAGCAAAAAAAUACCGUAAAUUCGUUCAAUAGAAAGCGGUUCACAAACGCAGACUCUCGACCACGAAAGGAGAAACACAGAUAGGAAAGAAAACAUUAAUAAAUCGUAUUUUAAUGUGAACGUGGAAGGAAACUAUUCCCACGGAAAGAUGCGAGGAAGAAGCAUAUUCUUGUUGGUUGUUUACGCCUUGUUCCAGCUCGAGAUUGCAGGGUGCUUCUCCGGGGACCAUGGCGGCUUCGCCACCGCGCAGGAGCGCGAGCGGCGGCGGUGGCGGUCACAGUGGCACCUCCAGGAGAGGGGUUUGGGUUUGGACCUGGACGUCGGGGGGAGGCACGGGGGCCCCUUCCACUACCUGUCCCGCGCCAGGAUCGGCAAGCUGCACCCCCCCGCCGCCGCCCCUGCCGCCGACGCAGCGCCGCGGUCCCACUUCCGCCAGGCCCCCCGAGGGCAGGGCAUCAGCCUCCUGGCCCAAACCGGGCAUGAGGUGGAGCUGGAGAACGCCCCGGUCUCAGCCCAGCACAUCGUCACUGUGGCUCUGCAGGUGGACGUCCGCAAGCUGAACGCGACCCUGCUCCGCGCGUUCCGGGACGGCGUGGCGGCCGCCCUGGACCUCCCGCCCCGCCUGGUGCACAUCAACCGCCUCAGCGAGAGGAAGAACGGCAUCGAGCUGUACGUGUCAUCGGACCGGCCCGGAGCCACAGAGCCCGUCCCGUCCGAGGAGGUGAUCCGCUCCCUGAACAUCAACGUCCUGCACAGGAGCCUGGAGCCGUUUGGGGUGACCGAGGUCACGCCUGAGAAGAAUGUUCUGCAGGGGCAGUACGAGCGGGACGACGUGUGGACCAAAGAGGGAUUUUACGCCGUGGUCAUUUUUCUCACCAUCUUCAUAAUCAUCGUCACUUGUUUGAUGGUCCUGUACCGGCUGAAGGAGAAGGUCGAGUACCCCGAUCGGCAGCUGAAGGAGGCCCCCAGCCGGGACGUGCACCUGGCCCCCGUGCCGGUGCGGACCGCGCCCCCCCCGCCGGCCCCGCCGCGGACCGGCCCCAGCAUGGUGCGGGCCGCCCCGGCCCCCAAACCCGCCAGCGCCUGCGCCGCCGCCCCCGCCAAGCCCUGCCCCUCUGCCGGCCCCUCCCCCUUCAGGAUGAAGCCUGCCGCCGGGCUGCAGGAGAGGCGGGGGUCCAACGUGUCCCUAGUUUUGGACAUGAGCGCGCUGGGCGCGGUGGAGCCCCUGAGCUGCGCCCCGGCCACGCCCCGCGAGCGGGUCGCCCUGGAGUACCUGCACACGGCCGGCCGCGCCCUGUCCCGCCAGCAGCUCCGCGACAUCGCCCUCAACACGCAGCGGCUGCACGCCGAGUUCGUGGAAAUUCCGAUGAAUUUUGUGGAUCCCAAAGAACUGGACAUUUCCAGUCACGGAACUAAGAACAGAUACAAGACCAUUUUGCCAAACCCCCAUUCCAGGGUGAUCCUGAAGACCAGGAACACGUACGACCCCCUCGGCAGCUACAUCAACGCCAACUACAUCAGAGGUUACCUGGGAGACGAGAGGUCCUACAUCGCCACCCAGGGCCCCAUGAUCAACACGGUGAACGACUUCUGGCAGAUGGCCUGGCAGGAGGACUGCCCCGUCAUCGUCAUGAUCACGAAGCUGAAGGAGAAGAACGAGAAGUGCGUUCUGUACUGGCCGGAGAAGCGGGGGAUCUACGGCAAGGUGGAGGUGCUGGUGAACGGCACGCGGGAGUGCGAGCACUACACCGUCCGCAACCUGACCGUCAAGCAAGGGGGCCAGAGCCGCAGUGUUAAGCACUACUGGUACACCUCCUGGCCCGACCACAAGACCCCCGACAGCGCCCAGCCGCUGCUGCAGCUCAUGGCGGAGGUGGAGGAGGACCGGCUGGCCUCGGGCCCCCGGGGGCCCGUCAUCGUGCACUGCAGUGCUGGGAUUGGCCGGACCGGCUGCUUCAUCGCCACGACGAUAGGGUGCCGUCAGCUGCAGCAGGAGGGGGCCGUGGACGUGCUGGGCAUCGUGUGCCAGCUCCGAGUGGACAGGGGAGGGAUGAUUCAGACAGGGGAGCAGUAUGAGUUUGUGCACCACGCUCUGAGCCUGUACGAGAGUCGUCUGUCAGCUGAAGCAGGCCAGUGAGGCGGGAGGAAGAAUCAUGAGGUAAUCUCGUUACCCUGGUAACUGUCACUCAAACCUAGGAGCCAUCCUGUGGGGCAACUGCGGAAUGAACUGACCUGGCGUCAAAAAAGAAGGGAACAGAUCACACCAGAAAAAGAAGGACAAUAGUCCGUUAACGAAUGUACUGUGUCCUGUCCCCUUCUCCUCCUCCUCCUCCUCUUCGUCCUGUCUGUCUCGUAAGUGGCUUCUUAACGCCCUGUAACAAGCUCUGCCUCGUUGUCACGGCAACGACACAGGCUCCGCCCACUCUGCCAGCUGUACCGACAGUACACCUACAUCUUGGACCUCUAUCGGCUAUUACGUGUUCUUGUAGAAUUUACUAAUGGCUGUUUUUUAUGUAUUUAUUUAUUUGAAUACGUUUUUCCUGUAUCGAGUUAAUAUUACUAAUCAAAGUUGAUAAUCAAAUUUUAUUUUGAUUGUUCAAUGUUCAAUCAUUUUUUAAAAAAGAUCUUAGAAUGUCACCUUUGCUUUGAAGAGGGUGCAAUAAGGAAGACUGUUAUAAUCACGGUGUGCUGCAGGUGACUCAAGGCUUCUGCUCUUGAGGUCACAGUGAGUAAAUGGAUUAUUUUUUUUGUGGGAGGCAUGAUGCAGCAGCUUGCUUUAGGAAGAGAGUAUUGGCGUUUUAUCCGGCAACAAGGGGACCUCAUUCCUACCAAAUACCAACUCAUCUUUAUCUAAACGCAGGCAUAUUCCUUUCCUUGGAAUACCAUGAGCGUCAGUACUGCGUCAGUGCUGCGUCAGUACUGUACUGUUCCCCUGUCAGUCCAGGCACCAUGCAGUACAGUGAAUCUGCAAGUGCAGUUCAUGCCAAAGCGUACUACUUUGUUCAAAGGGGCCUGUAUGUCUCGUUUUAAUCAUCAUUAAGCAUAUUAUCACUUACUCUACCCUAAAAAGUGUGAGGCUAAGUCUCGCUUUGAAUGAAAAUAAGCUUUAGAUUUUAGGCAUGAGCAUAGAAUCGGUUUUCAAAUUCAUACCUUUACUGUAUUGACUGUUAUAGGAAGCCUUUUGACUGCACGGGGCAGUUUGUCCCUGAAUUACACUUUACCUUGUAAAAUACCAAAAAAACAUACACAGUACUUAAUGAAGGUUAAAAUCACAGUCCAAAUAUUUGACGGUGUAGUCAGGUGAAGUAUAAAGCUUUCGGAAACUGAAAACGUAAUCAUAUUUUUGUAAAAUGACAUUUUCAAAAAACGUUUCACGGUUUUAAACUCGUAAUCUUGUCAGUAUGGGAUUAUGAGCCGCGAUGCUUUUGCAUGUACUUCAUAGGAGUGCAUUUAUUGCAUUUGUACUGUAGUUAUCAAACACAUGUACAUUAAACCUGUCUAUACCCUCUGCUCCGUCUAAUGAGCCAACUCUGUUUUGUAGGAGAAAUGCUCUAUUUAAACUUUAGAGUUGGGCAACAAAUGAUAUUGUUCCAAGUCGGUCGCUUUUCAGCUUGUUGAUAUUAAGUAAGAUCUUGGAAUGCCACGAUGAGCUGUUUUUCGGUGCUAAAAAAUGAUCCCAUUGGACGGUUGCAUUCCGAGAGCUGCCAUUCGCUGCGGGAAGCCAAAGUGUGAUGCACUUGUUUUCACGACCAAUUGAAUCGACUCCCGAGUCUUUUUAACCGACUGCGAAUCUCAUUCACAAGUACAACAAGAACAAGGCCCAAAGUGGUGCUUCUCAGAUCCCCGUCUGGUGCAAACGCUAAAGGGGAGACCUCUAGUCUGUUCCCAAAAGUCCUGUUAUGUAGUAUCAUGUUUAUUUUACUAGAUGGCAGCACACUAUAUUGACCUAAGUUUAUAAUAUAGGUGUUGUUUCCAUGCCAUAGGCAUCUCAAACUUUAAAACAUUGCAAGAAUGUGCGAAGGAGGCUUUCCCCUUAUAAGCGACACUAAGGAGCAUGACCUCCCCUACCAUUUAACUUCAACAUUAUUUUUUUUACAGGGUAACAUCAUUAUUUUUUUCUAAACUGCCAUCAUAACUACAUGCAGUAUACAGACAGAGAAAUCCGGUGAGAGGUUGUGUUACGGCAUAUUUGUGCCAUUAUUUUUAGCGUGCGUGACCAAUGGUGUAUAUCAACUUCUUUUUGAGGUGCUUGUCUCCCCAACUGCCUCGAAAUUCCGGUAGCAACUCGCAGUUAAGCUUCGUGCUUCUCGGACGAACCGGGUGUGAACGGAUGCGCACGCACACCCGCAUGCCCGCCGCACGCGUCGGGUCCUCGCGUAACCAGGCCUUUACCCGCUGAGAGAUCGUGCUCCGAGAGGAAGGUGAUCUGCUUGUGAAUGCUCGUCUUUAUUUACGGUACGGUGCGUUUAUUGUGGAGGAGUGUGUACGGUACACGCAAAAAGUGCUAUUAACAAGUUAUGUGGCUGGCGUACCAUUUUACCACAUAAGGAUCUUGCUGCUACGACUGCAAGUGUUUUAUCUUUAAAAUCUUACAAAAUAGGAGGGAAGGAAGAUUGUUGUCUGACAAUGAGAAUUUUAUGGAAACAUUUUUGUAUGUAUUGUUUUUUUAAUUUGUUAUUAUUAUUAUUAUUAUAAAUAUUAUUAUUACUAUUAUUAUUAUUAGUGAUAAAGGUUUCAAAAGAUGAUAUUAAUCUGUUUAUAUUACGAUCAUGUAGCAGGUACAAUGCACAAUGCCCAUUUACUCGUGUUUAUAAAUCAGAAACGUUGAUGUAUACUGUUUACCGUUUGUAGCGAUUAUCCACUGUGUGGGCCUCUGGUUGCGUGAGCCAAUCCCAGUCCUGUGUUCCUAUAAACUAUUAAUCCAGAUGAAUGUUGUGAUACUUUCACCGUCUAAUAUGACUAUAAUUGUAAACUAUUUAUAAUCGGUAUCGAUAUGCUGUACAUACGUAUGCCUCAAAUGACACGCAAGGAGGGGGGAAAGUAUCGAAUCGAAUGGAAUGGCUGUUUAUGGGCGUGGCCCCUGACUGGAAGGAAUGCGAGCCUGUAUUUAGCACACCUGGGGUUUUAUCUGUGGUUAAUAUUGACUUUUUGUUUCUUUGACAGAAAAAGAAACUUCAAAAUAGAAGAGCAGAUUGGUGUGGAAGGGCAACAGUCGGUUAAAGAAAGCUUUUGGCAGCUCAGAUAUUGUAGCUGUAUUUCUGAGUUGAUGCUCAUUUUUCUCAUCUCCGCAGAGUAAGGCCAUUUGUGGGUAUUUAGGCCUUCACACGGUGUAUUCAGUGCCGUUCAGGAGGAGCCCAGGUGUGCUAAACCAAGCCAUACCAUGAAGCUUUCAAAAGGAUUGUUCCGUGUAUUUGUAUACUGAUUUUUAAUCAAGUGUCAUUAUAAUGUCUUUGUGGGAAAAAAAUGUUAUUUCCUUGGAUAGACUGAGCAGUGUACUUCUACGCAGACUACUCUGUGUUGUUUCCUAAGCGGCUGACUUUAUAUUCUGUACUGCCAAUAAACUGAUACAAUUUUAAA